AUGCCAAAAACAAGACAAAUAUUCGAGCUAAGAGUUCAGCAGUACACAGCGAGGAGCGAUCCAAGCAGCAACCACAGCAAUAAGCCAAUCCAAGCCAAUAUGAAAUUCCUGAUCAUAGCCGCCGCCUUCUUGGCCUGCGCCUUGGCAGAUGUUUCGGAGCUGGCCCAGCAGGGCUACGAUUAUCCGCAGCCGGCGGCACCAGCACCAGCACCUGCCUACAUACCACCACCGCCACCACCACCACCACCGGCGCCAAAGAACACCUACAUUCCUCCUCCUCCCGCGCCGGCCAAGGCCUACAUCCCACCCCCAGCUGCACCGGCCAAGGCCUACAUCCCACCCCCUCCACCACCACCACCAGCACCCAAGAACACCUACAUUCCCCCACCUGCAGCUCCCGCCAACGCCUACAUUCCACCCGCGCCACCCGCCCCCAUCCAGGCUGAGCAGCCCAUCAUUGAGGAGAUCGAGCAGCCCGCUCAGGAUGGCUACCGCUACAAAACUGUUCGUCGUCGUGUCUUCCGCCACCGCAACUAA